AAGUGUACACAUAAGCUGCGUACACAUCAUCAAAAAACGAGUUCAAUAGCGACGCAAAACUACCGUGAAGGUACAAAUACUCACAGCUCCCCGAUACCAGAAGACGAUUAAGCCGAAAAUGGAGGUCGAAUCCAGCAGUAUCAAAGUAAACGGCAUGCAAUUCGGAUACAGCGGCGAUAAUCCUAUCUUUGUAGAUUUCAACCUAAAGAUUUCCCCUCGAUCUCGUUGUCUUCUUGUCGGUGCCAACGGAUCUGGGAAAACCACUUUGCUGAAGAUUUUGGCUGGAAAACAUAUGGUUGGUGGGAGGAAUGUUGUGCGGGUGCUAGAUUUUUCAUCUUUUCACGACACACACUUGGUUUGUAGUGGUGAUUUGUCUUACUUGGGUGGAUCUUGGACUAAAACAAUUGGUUCAGCUGGAGAUGUGCCGCUACAGGGAGACUUUUCUGCCGAACACAUGAUAUUUGGAGUUGAAGGAAUUGACCCAAUUAGAAGAGAAAAAUUGAUUGACCUUUUGGACAUCGAUCUACAAUGGCGGAUGCAUAAAGUUUCGGAUGGACAACGACGUCGAGUUCAAAUCUGCCUGGGCCUCCUUCAUCCUUUUCAGGUUCUUUUGCUAGAUGAAGUAACGGUUGACCUUGAUGUUGUUGCAAGGAUGGAUCUGCUAGAGUUUUUUAAGGAGGAAUGUGAACAGAGAGGAUGUACGAUUGUAUAUGCAACACACAUAUUUGAUGGCCUAGAAUCAUGGGCGACAGAUCUGGCUUACAUACAAGAUGGAGAUUUAAAAAGGGUCAUUUGA